AUGUCUACUCUACCUCUCAAGGCGCUCUCGCGGGUGUGGGGUCGAUUCAACGAGAUCGAUAUUCCAUACUACCUUCGAGUUCCUGGCUUCAAGCUCUACUCCUGGAUAUUUGGUGUCAAUCUCGAUGAAGUCUCCGAACCGGAUCUCCAUGUCUACCCUAAUCUCGCCGCCUUCUUCUACCGCACGCUUAAGCCAGGCGUCCGUCCUCUCGAUCCUAACCCAAACGCCGUACUCUCACCUGCCGAUGGCAAAGUAAUUCAGUUUGGUACCAUUGAGCAUGGCGAGGUCGAGCAGGUCAAGGGCGUGACAUAUAGCUUGGACGCUCUACUAGGAUCUACCCGACCCAGCAAACCCGGUCAAAACGUCGCAAACUCACAAGUUAUAGCCGGGGAGCACGAGAAGACAUCAGAGGCGGAAGAAGAUGUCGUCCGUGCUGACGAGGAAUUUGCAAAUGUAAACGGCAUUUCGUAUACCCUACCUAACCUAUUCUCUGGGCCCUGGCCAAAGGGUGGGAAGCCCGCCGAGAUGCCGACCGACCAAUCUACUGGAUCAGCUGCAUCUUCAGAGGCCGAAGUACGCGCCGAUCUAGCCUUGGGCGAGGCUGAGCGCCCAUGGUGGGCUCCUGCUUCAAGCAAGACGCCUACAGCGCUGUACUACUGUGUCGUGUAUCUUGCACCAGGCGACUACCAUCGCUUCCACUCCCCCGUGUCUUGGGUUGUAGAAUCGCGUCGUCACUUUGCCGGCGAACUAUACAGUGUCUCGCCAUAUCUCCAGCGCACCAUGCCCGGCCUCUUCACCCUAAACGAGCGAGUAGUCUUGCUCGGCCGAUGGCGUUGGGGAUUCUUCUCCUACACUCCCGUGGGUGCCACCAACGUCGGUUCCAUCAAAAUCAACUUCGAUCGCGAACUCCGCACCAACAGCCUUACCACUGACACUGCAGCUGACCGUGCAGCCGAGGAAGCUGCUGCGCGCGGCGAGCCCUACUCUGGUUUCGCCGAAGCUUCCUACACUAGCGCAAGCCGUGUCCUAGGAGGCCACGCACUAAAGCGUGGUGAAGAGAUGGGUGGCUUCCAACUGGGAAGUACCAUCGUGCUAGUGUUUGAGGCGCCCAAGGGUAUCAGGCCAAGUCUGGACGAGGGCUUUACUGGUACGCGUACUGAGAGGAAGGGAGGCUUCAAAUGGAAUAUCGAGCAAGGAAAGAAGGUCAAGGUAGGAGAGGCAUUGGGAUAUGUGGAUGAGCAGUCGUAG